AUGCAAAGCAAAAAAAAUGAAAAUGAAUGGAUUAAUUGGAUUGAAGAAGCAAUUUCUAAAGGGUAUUAUAAAUUUUAUGACUAUAAACAUUUUAGUAACGUUCAAAAAAUUGGAACUGGAGGAUUCGGAAAAGUUUAUCGUGCAAGCUGGAAAAAUUCCGAACAAUAUUUAGCGUUAAAGUCUUUUUUUAAUAUUGACAACGUCACUGCAAAAGCAAUCGUUCAUGAGCUUAAGCUACAACGUGAUAUACAAUUUCAUAAUAACAUUAUUAAAUUUCACGGAGUUGCACAAUUUGACCCAGAAAAUCAAAAUUCUCAAUCAAGAAAUUAUUUAUUAGUAAUGGAGUAUGCUAAUUCGGGUACUCUUAAAGAUUAUUUGAAGGAAAACUUCAAUAAUCUUAAUUGGAACGAUAAAUAUAAUUUUGCGUAUCAAUUAGCUUGUGCUGUGUCAUGUUUACAUAAUGAAGGAAUCGUGCAUCGUGAUUUGCACUCUAGUAACGUAUUGGUUCAUCAGAGUACUAUCAAAUUAUCUGAUUUUGGGCUGUCAAAGAGAAUUGAAUCGUCAUCAUUCAACACACGAUCGAAAUUUUUUGGAAUAAUUCCUUACGUUGAUCCAAAAAGACUUAAUGGACGAAGAAAGAACAAAAAUUCAACACAAGAUGAUGAAAAAAGCGAUAUCUAUAGCAUUGGCGUUUUAUUCUGGGAGAUAUCUAGUGGUAAACCUCCCUUUUAUACCGAAGGUGAGCAAUAUGAUUUCGAAUUGGCUUUAGAAAUUACACAAGGCCUUAGAGAAAAACCCUUUCCUAAUACACCUGAGGAAUAUAUUAAAAUUUAUACCGAAUGUUGGAAUGGCGAACCAGAUAAUCGUCCAACCAUGAUUCAAGUAUUAGAAAGUUUAAAAGCAAUUAUGACAGAAAUAAACGUAAUAACAAAUGAUUGUCGACCGGAAUUACACCUUCAAUUGGCAUCAACAGAUGAUCAAAAUUUUCCAACUAAUAUUAUUAAUUCUUCAGAUACUGAUAAUUCAUUACAUGGGGAAAUGUCUCAAAUUAUUGAAAAUUUUGAUAAAAUGAAUACAAAGGAAAUAGCACCUACAACAUUAACAAAUGAAAUUGUUCACGAUACAGUGAAUUAUAUUUUCAAAAUAAUUAAUGAAGGAAAUGAAUCUACAUUAAUCAAAAAUAUUCAAACUAUUACUUAUUAUUUUAUUCGUAAUAGUAUAAAUUCACGUGAAAUUUAUAAUUGGUUAUUAAUUAAUCAAAAUAAUUCAGAUUCUAUAUUCUUGCUUGGAUAUUUUAAUUAUUUAGGAAUUGAAGCAAGUGUAAACAAUAAGACCGCAUUUGAUUUAUUCAUCAAUGCAUCAGAGCAAUGUCAUGCGUUAGCACAAUUUUAUGUUGGAUUAUGUUAUCAAUCUGGUCAUGGAACUGUGAAAGAUGAAACAUUAGCUUUUGUGCAUUUUGAAGAAAUAGCCAAUAAAGGUUAUGCAUCAGGAUUAUACAAAAUUGGUUAUUUCUAUGAAGAAGGUAUUGCAACCAGUGUUAAUAUGCAAAAAGCUUCUGAAUUAUAUCAACAAGCGGCCAAUUUAGGAAAUUGUAUGGCACAAUAUAAUCUUGCUUAUAUGUAUCAACACGGAAAAGGUAUUGAUAAAGAUCAUAUCAAAGCCAUUGAAUUAUAUCAAAAGGCAGCAAAUUCGGGAGAUUGUGAUGCUCAAUAUAACCUUGCUAAUAUAUAUUAUUAUGGAGAGGGUGUUGAUAAAGAUCAUGAAAAAGCUUUUGAAUUAUAUAAUAAGGCUGCAGAAUCAGGAAAUAGUUUUGCUCAAUAUAAUCUUGCAAUUAUGUAUGAAUUUGGAAUAGGAAUUAAAAAGAAUGUAAAUCAAGCCAUUGAUUGGUACGAGAAAUCUACUGAACUAGGAUAUCCCCGUGCCAAAUUUAGAUUAGAAGAAUUAAGAAAUCGAGAUUUUUUUAUUUGA